AAAAAUGGAGGUUAUUGCUCCUAAUCAAUUGGAGGAUAAAUUGAUGCUAGGCAGUGGUGCCUUUGGUUGUGUGUAUCAGGCAAAAUGGCGUUCUAGGCCAGUAGCAGUGAAAUAUUUUAAUUCAAAGACGAUAGGAGAUGAUCCUUGCUUUGAAAGAGAGAUUGAGGCUCUCACUCAUCUUCAAUCACUUAAACAUCCAAAUAUCAUUAGAAUGUUUGCUAGAGGGACUGAAGGCCCACAGACAUUUAUAGUCAUGGAAGUUGCUCUUUUCUCUCUUGAUAAAAUAAUACAUGAUCUUAAGAAGGAGUAUGAUUAUAAUUUCAAUCAUUUUAUGUCAUGGACGUUGCAGCUGGCCCUUGCUCUUGAAUGCUGCCAUCAUAACAGUAUCAUACACAGAGAUAUCAAUCCAACAAAUCUGCUCUUAUUUGAUGAUGGAAGACAUUUGAAAAUCUGUGAUUUUGUAACUGCUAAACUUCUUGAUGAUGCAGCAUUUACUGAUACAUUCAUUGGAACUCCUUAUUACUUGGCACCCGAAGUAGUAGAAGGUAAACAUUCAUUUGAAUGCGAUGUGUACAGUUUUGCUGUUACUCUGUGGGAGAUGAUCACACGACACAAACCAACUCUUGAUCUCAAUCAGGAGGGACAGCCUCAUCCUUAUAACGUCUUCCGUACAAUAGGAAAAGGAGCAAGGAUGCCCACUAUUAUAGGUAUACCAAAGUUUCUAUGGGAGCUAGUGACAAAGUGCUGGGCACAGCAACCUGUUGAUAGACUGUCCUUUGCUGAGAUUGUUAGGAAAUUAAAGAGAGUACCUUACAAAUUUAAAAAUGAGCCAUUAUCAUCUCGAAUAGAAAAUUGGCUUAAAGAAGGGGAAGUUGAGCUAAAAGUUACUCGUAUCAAUAUGCAUGGUGCACCUGGAGCUGGUAAAACAUGUUCGCAACGCCUCCUACUUAAUGAGCCACCACCACCUUGGGACAAACUUACUGAUAGUACAUCAGUAGCUUGUCCUGCUGUUCAAGCAACAAGAAUAUCUAUUGAUGAUAAAAAUAGAAAGUGGGAGAAGGUUGAUAUUGAAGAUUUACUUCAUCAGCUGGCAUCUACAGAAGUAGAUGAAGUACCAAGGUCUGAAGAUGAUAUAUCUGAUAGUUCAGAUGAAUUAUCAGAGGAAAAACCAGCAACAAACGAGCCACCAAAAAAACCAACCAAAAAUAAACGAAGUGAGAGUGAGUCAAGUGAGACUGAACCAACUGAGAAUGAACCAACCAAGAAUGAGCCAACCAAAAAGAAACUAGUCCAAAAGAUAUCAACUGAGAAUAUAUCAACUGAGAAUAAACUAACCAAUACUGAAGUUGGUGAAAGAAUUUUGCAUGCUUUUAAAACUGGAAAAUCUAAAAAGUUAAACGCAAAUUGGGUGUAUUUUAUUGAUUCUGGUGGUCAACCUGCAUAUCGAGAGUUGCUGCCUCUUUUUACAAAAGCAGCUGCACUGAAUAUUAUCACCAUUGAUCUCACUAAAGGUCUAGAUGAGAAGUCCAAUUUUCAAUAUCGCAUUAGUCAAAAUAUGUUUCCUAUUAAAACAAAGCUGCAUUAUUCUAAUCGUAGUAUAAUUCGAUCAACAAUUAGCUCUGAAGCCAUGGUGAAUCCCAUCAAAUUUCCUUAUGUCUCUGACAUGCCUAAACACCAUCAUUAUCUUAUCCUUGGUACUCGUAAAGAGUUGGUAACUGAGGAAAAGCUCAAAGAAAUGAAUGAAAGUCUGAUCAAUAGCUCUAACCUAUCUCUUAAAAGUGUCAUUUGGAAUACACCUCAAGAAUCAAUUAUAUUUCCAGUUAAUACAAUGCUCCCUGCUGGAUCUAAAGAACGAGAAGAUGCUAGCAUGGAAAUUUGUACUGAACUUUCAAACUGUAGAGUCGAAAUGACAAUUAAGUUACCGAUUCGAUUGUUUACUUUUGAGAUAUCACUACAGUUAGAAGCUGAGAGGAAGAAACGAAGUUUUCUUACAAAAACAGAAGUGAUUAAGAUUGGUAAAUCUCUUAGACUUGAUGAAGAAUCUGAUAUCAUUACAGCUCUGCAAUAUUUACACAAUGUGACUAUCAUUCUUUAUUAUGGUGAUGUACUAGAGAAUUUAAUAUUCAUUAAUCCUAAACCAAUUCUCGAUGUUCUUUCACGUCUAAUAGCUAUCACUUAUGUUAGUCAAGCUAAGAUACAGUCCAUUGCUGAUCCACCUCCUUCUCCUGGGGAGAAGAAUAGUCUCGUCAAAUUAGGUCUUUUUAAAGAAGAACUUUUAGCAAUUAUUGGUAAACAAAUUUUUAACAAUGAUUUUCAACCAUCUCACAUGAUCACUCUUCUUAAACACCUUCACAUCAUUGCAGAAGUAGAAAACAAAGAAGAAGGACACUAUUUCUUUCCUUGCUCAUUACCAUCUUGUGAUAAGAUCGAAGAACCUUCAACGAAGAUACAACCACUUCUUAUAGCAUGGCAGAUUGGCAAUAGCGGCACAAAAACUUUAGCCAUCCCACAAGGGCUAUUUCCUUUAACCAUUGUACACCUUUUGGAGCAAAGAGAUUAUGUAGACUUCACUCCAGUAGGCAAAUCAUACUACAGAUAUUAUGAUGCCAUGUCACUUCAUGUUUACAUAGAAAAGAAAAAGUACACUAUAGAUAUUGUAAAUUGCUAUACACAUAUCAAAAUAUGUUUUUAUGAUUGCAAGAAAGCUUGUCCUCAAAUUCGUAAGUUAGUCAUAGAAGCUAUCAAAAGAAGCAGCAAAAAUCUUGACGUUGAUGAUAAUCACAUCUUUGCAUUCAAGUGUGCAGCAGAUGAACAAUGUUAUUGCAUUGUCAAAGAAGAUUAUUCUUCUACCAUAUGUACUCAUUGCCGAUCACCAUGUGAAGUACUGGAAAGUGAUGAUGAUAGCUGUAGAUGCUGGUUUAGUGAUCAAAUCUCCAGUCCAGGAGUAGAAGCAUCAGAUGCACCUAGCAAGAGACAUGGAGGACAACCCACUGAAUUAGAUACAAGUCAUCUUAUUGAUAUACUUGAUUUACUAUGGGAUCAUGGAUAUUCUGGUGUUGAUUAUUAUUUUCUUGGUCUUCGUUUGGGUCUGCUUCCUCGUACACUUGAUGUUAUUAAGGAAAAUAACAAAGAUGAUGUUCGUGGAUGUCUAACAAAGUGUUUAACAGCAUGGUUGGAACAAAGAGAUAAUGUAAAGAAUAGAACUUAUGAUGCAUUAAUACAAGCAUUAAGGAAGAUGGGAGAGAAGGCUGUAGCUGAUGGAAUUGAAAGAAAUAGAAAUUAGAGAAUCAGAAAGCUAAAAUCAGUGUAUUGUAGCUACAAAGUUUUACUAUUAUAGUACCUUCUCUAAUGCACUCUCCUCAUUUUUCUCUUUUUUCUUUUUAUUCACAGAUUCGUCCUUUCUCUUUAUUCAUCUUUCUCUCUCUCUCUCUUUUGUUUUUGUGUGUGCAUGAUAAGUAUUGAACAGUACUAGUACAUGCAAUUUGUAUUCUUCAAUGAGUUCAA